CCCUAUUGUAGAGCCACUUCCUCUUUUGUCUGAUUUCAUGGCGAUCGGGAGAGAGGGAACACCACCGACGCACGCACACUAUCUCAGCACUCUUCAAAGAGUUUAUCCGGGGUAAAUAACUCACUAUUUUCACAAGAUUCGAUCAUUGCUUUUGGAAGUAGCGCAUUUUAGAGUCAAUCUUUUAAACUAUUCACUUAUCCCUGCAAUAUGAUGCAUUUUUUUGCUUCUAGGUCAGAUAUUUCACAUUGUAGCGCCACUCGCUGAUAACAUAUCGGUGGAAAUGGUCUCCCCCCUCCGCCUGCAGCUCUCACACACUCUCAGCGGCACGCUACUUAACGGCUCCGGCUAGCUAGCAUUAGCAAUGCUGCAAACGCCUCAUAAAUGAAGCUUUGGAAAUAACAACCAUAGACACUUAUGCGUAGCCAAAUAAUUUCAACACGAUGUAGUUUGUUGGCCUGAAGUGUGAAAUUGAACUUUUCGAGUGAAUAUUUGGAGGUUUUUGGUGCUCAAAGAUGAGUGUUUGGGUUUCUUAGCCAACACCGACUAGCUUACGUUAGCUACAUUGCUGUGUGUUGAGUUAGCGUUAGCUAGGAUUGCGAUUAAGAAGUUACAGCAAGCACAACAACAUCAAAGCGGACAAAGUUAUCGUACUUAAAAUUUUACUGACUGUAGAUUAGACAAUUUGCGGCUUUUAAGGCACACUGAAAUAUUGUUCAUCAUUUGCGAAAGCUAAAAAUAUUGAGCAAGCUAGCAUCAUAAGCUAGUUUGCUACUUAACGGUAACUUGGCUAUUCCCGAUGGGCUUUCGAUUUGUUGAUAGGGUCACAAAUUUCUAGUUAAAUAACCUUUAAAUAAGUCAGUCUAUGAUGACUGGUGUCAGUAAUGGUUGGCUGGUUGUAUGAAAGGUUUUAUAUUGUGAUAUUCUUAUAAUGUGAAGUUGUAAGUGCAAGGUAGAUCGUGAUGCUGAACCAGUUUUCAGGUUAAAUAAAAAUAGGGAGUGUAAAAACUAAGUGUUUUCUUAUUAGUCAGUCACCCCUGAUGGCAAUGAGCAAUGUAUAUAGACUAGAGUAUACUCUACAUGCUUAUUUGCUGCGUGCAGACACCUGCUCACACUAACGUAGAGUUGGUGUCCUCUUAAAAAGUCACAAAGUAAUGUUAACCACAUCAAGUUGUCCUUAUCUAAAACUUAUACUCCUUCUGUUUGUUUACAGUGGAAACUAAGUUGUCAGCUUGACUGGCAAAACAAACACAAUUGCCCAGGUGAGUGUGUACAUGUAUGAAGAAAUGUUAUGUUGGAUUAUAUCAAGGUACAGACUGAAUUUUAAGGGGUUCAUUUCUCAUGCCUGUUUUUUAAGCAUUUUGCCAGUUUUUCCGGCUUUGUCAGGCCCUAAUUUUGUUGUUAGAUAUAUUUUAAUAUACAGAGGUCAACAAGCUUGACCACUCCUUUUCCAGAAUGUGAAUUUAUAAAGUAAUUUAGAUUUGCGACAUCAACGGUUCACUCAGUUUUCUUCUCCUGCCUUGUUUCCUUUUUUCAUUAUAGGGAAACUAAGUAGACCUCAGAGAAGGGGCUCUAUAGCACUUGGAUCAGUUCUUCUCAGUCCCAGGUUCAGGCUGCUUAGUCUAUGGCUCUGAUGGACAAACACAAACAGGUCAAGCGGCAGAGACUUGACCGCAUCUGUGAAGGUAAGAUUUCAUAAAUACUAUAAACGUAAAGAACAAGUAAAGAGGUAAAAGUUUGUUUAUACAAGGGUUUAUUUUGUUGUUUAAAUAUUCAGUACUUUGUUAAAACUGUCAUUGUACUACACUCAGUUAAAGGGUUAUUUGUGUGGUUCCCUUGGUUCCUCAAAAUAUGAGCUAUACAUUUCUUAGAUCCGAGCAAACACUGUAUUUUCAUCUAAGUCAGCUACAAUAUUAUGAUCUUUAUUGUGGUUGAAUCUGCAGUGAAGGAGUUUUUCUUUGCAGCGUGCAACUGUGGUAACUACUUAUGCAGAAAGUGAUAGGACAAUAUCAACAGAUAAAUUAAACACUGACCGAAGUUUGUACAUUCCCUGAACCAUGAUGCAGUGUUGCAAAUGCAAAUAAGGAUUUCAAGUAAUCACACCAAUAUUUUCUGGUACUGUUACAGACAAUAAUUUUCCAUUGAUUUUAGUCUGACUAAAAUUCAUAGAUAUAAAGAUAAGAUGAGUAGAUUUUACAUCAGUUUUUCAGCCCAGAACUUCAGCGAACAAACAAGCCCUGUUGUUUAAAAAAUGUGGCAAAUCAAGCUAAAAAUAUGCUUUGAUUUCUAUCCCUCCAGAGUUUGGUUAAAUCAACAGUAAACACACACUUACUCACUCACUCACAACAUGGUAUAACCCCGCAGCAGAGAGCAUGAUUUUGUUUAUGAGCAUGAGGUCCUGCACUUGAUUCUGCCACCUCUCUGCUUCGCAUUCAGUCUGCAGCUCUCUCAUAUGACACAUCCAGCUAUUUCAGUUUCACAAGGCAGAGAGUGCUUGCUUUUUUUAUCUAUGAUUUUACACUGAAUCUUUUUUUCAUCAUAUCACUACAAUAUGUACUAUAUAGCGCGUGAAAUGUGUUUUAUGUUCAGCGAUUUUGUAGCAUAGCGUGGCAGUUGCUAAAUAAAAUAGAGGAUUCCCCUGUCAUAUUUCUUUUGCACCGAUAACUACAAAGAUGCCAGUAUCUCUUUUUUUAAAUAUAGUGCACCAACGUUUGAAAUAAUGGCAACAACUGUGGAAUGAAUAUCUGAUAUUGAAUUGAUGCUUUUUGAUAUGUGUAAGGAGCAUGUCUAUGGCUAUGUUCACAAUGCAGGUCAAUGCCAAUUUUUUAACCAUAUGUGACACAUAUCUGAUUUAUCAUGCAAGUGUGAACAGUGCACUUCAGAUUUUUUCAAACCUGACCCAGGCCUCUUUUGUAUGUUGAUAUAAAUCGGAUUUGUAUCCGAUGUGACUGCAGUGUGAACGCUCAGGUCGCGUUCAUCCGACCUAUACGUCAUCAAUAUGCGAUGAACGUCACCAUUGUUUGACAACACAAACAGGCGCGGAAAGCAAUUUGCGCUUUGUGCGCAUGCGGGUCACUUCACGGACGCAUUCCGUUCACAUUAGAUGCCGCAUUCGUUGUUGUAAUGUGAACGACCGCACAAAAAGAUCGGAUUUAACGAAAAAUCCGAAUUGUGCAUCAUAACCUGCGUUGUGAACGUAGCCUAUGUUGACUCUGAAUGCUUUGGUUUGGUUUUGAUGGAGAGCAUUACUGAGCAUACUUGUGUGCUGUGCUUCGCAGAUGGUGUUAUAUUACAUUGAAUUGGUGUGAAACUAAGAUAAGCUCUGCACAGUAUUUCAUAUUUAUUAUGGUAAUUGAACCCAAGCUAAACUUAAUGACGUUUAAGUGCAGUUGUCCAGAACAGACAAUAUUUUGCGCUGUUGCAGAGUGGAGGGGAAACCACGGCAAUUAGACGUAAUGCUGUGCUAAAAUGGAGGGAACAGUCUGGGUGAGUCCCUUGAGACGGGUGAGAGGGAGAGGACAAGGUGAAGGGUCGUGGCCGCAGUUACAGGGAAACGGGGCCAGCUGUCUCUUUAAAAAACUACAACAGCCCAUACCGCCCUCAGUCCCGGCUAUGCUAAUAAGGUUAGUGCUGGUUGGCUGGCCCUGAAUGGAGCUGCCUGUGAUUGGAGGCUGGCGGUGGGGGAGGGUCUGGGCGUGGAUGACAGCUGGGAUCCAGCCAGCCAAGAGCAGGCUGACAGUGAGAGAGGGAGAGAAAAAAAAGAGCGAUAGAGGGAGAGCAAGGCAAGACAGGGAGAGAGAGAGAGAGGAAGACAGGCUCACAGACUUCAUAAUGCAAGGUUAGGCCCUGUGCUCAUGUGUUUUCUAUUUUGGCAUGUGUGUUUUAAAUUUGAACUGUGGGGGGGAGAGAGAUCUGGUUUGGGUGUGGAGUAGCCUCUUGUGCGCAGUUUUUCCUUUUAUGUUCAGCUCGAAUUGGCGUUGUCGCAGCCGCUAAGAAGGAACUGAAUAACCGUGUGUGUCUAGCUGUGUCUGGGUGGAGUACCGCUGCUUGCUGCAUUAUCAUCGUUUGCUGCCCCUCCCCCCUCACCUCUUACUCCUCCAACUGCGGCCGGAGGGAGCGAAGAGAGAAGGAGGGAGUGAGGGGAAAGAAAGGGAGAGGGAGGGAGAAUGAAUGAAUCACUGAAUGAAUUGUAUUGUGUGCGCGGCCAUGCUUGCGCUUAGUAGGCCUCGGGUAUGCCAGUGUCCUUUGACUCAAAUUACUCAGUGUGUAGGCCUACUUAUAUAUUUCCAGAACUUCUUUUUCAGAGGGGUCUUUGUGAUCCUGUUUAGUUUUUCUACAUAGCAAGGGUCUUUGUGCAUCUAGUGAGCAGCAUUGGGCCUGCUAGCUUCCUGGAGCUAUCUGCACUGAACAUGUAUCCAACUGCUACAUGGACUACAGUAGAUUGUAAAAUUUGAAAGCACAUAUCAGGCUGUUUGUUUUUCCCUCUCGUUGGUGGUGUGUGUUUUUAUGCAUGCGUUGGGAAAUAUUCAGACGUCAGAGGAAGUGUUCACAAAUAUUUGUUUUCCACCCUCAGCUACCAGCUCCCUUCCCUCCUUAGCUGCCACACCGUUCCCUCCUGCCCUCACUCCAAGUGAAUGUUUUAGCUCGAAACACUCCCCCACUCUGAGACACACACACCUGUCACACAGCAGGGACCAGAUACUGUGUGUACGGGUGCGUGUGUGUCCAGUUCAGGCCGAGUGCUGCUGAGAAUAAAACAGAGAAUGAGAGAGAUGUAAAAAUCAUUGGUAGAUGAAUGCGUAAAGUGAUAAUUUCUCCUUAUUUGACAUCGGUGUCAGCCCAGAGAUGUUCUUUGUUGUCAUCAGUCUCUUUCAUGUUGGUAACGCUUCCUGUGGUGGUACGAUGGUAAAUCUUUCGUGCACAUGUUAGACAGCGUAAAUGUUUAUAGAACAAGGUGUGUGCGUACCAUGUGUGAAGAAGGCAAGAUCCAGAAAAAUAGGAAGCAGGGACUCUAACCAGACAGGAGAAUUUAGGUCAUGACUCAGACCCCCUCAUGAACCCCCACCACCUCUUCUCUGAGACCCCGCAGCUUUCUCCACCCCUCCCCCCAGCCGCCACACUCCAUCACCUCUCCCUCAUCCAUCCCGGCACCCCCACCACUUCUCUGUGUAUGGUGCUCAUGUUAUACAGUGGCAGAUCAAGUUUCCAUACUGAACAUGAUAUCAAUAUUGCCCUGCUUCAAUAACCGACAUCUAACCCUUCCUCUUCUGAGGAGCGGACCAAUCAAUGAAAGCUGGUCUCCCCGCUCGUUCCCUAAACAGAGCUGCACUUCAAUACCAAAUAGGCCAGGAUGCUGGACGCUCUCCAUGCCCCUAUCACAGAUUUAGUUACACAUCACUUUUGUAACCAUAGAACACUGUGCAGGAAAACACACACACUCAAACACAUCAUUCCGGUAUUUUUCUUCGGGUGUUGGUGGAGGUGGAUGCAUGGAACAACAAAGUGAAAAAACUCUGAGUUAUUAUCAUCUUCAGUGUGGCAUUUAGCCCUGUUAACUUGAGCCACAUGGGCAAGGGGAUUUUAUGUGAGGGUGUGAUGAAAUGCACUACUUUAGGAAGCCCAGACAUAAGAAAUGCAGACUGUUGACUCACUAGUCUGUACCUCAACAAUGCUGGCCCAUGUAACAGGCAGCUGGUGGAUGUGUGCAUAAACUGUGACCAGCAGGAUGUAAGUACAGAAAGAUAAAGAUGAAGGUUACUGAAGCAGGGAACAUCUAAAGUCCUCUUUCCUCUUUCCUACUGAGAUUUCUGAGAUUUUAGACAUCUUACUGAAAAACUCAUUUUGUUAAGAUGUGAAAGAGAUGCAGCUUACAGAAAAAGAAAAAAAAAAGGUCUUCAGUGAUCGGGGACUUAAUUUACGGUAACAUCACUACAAAAUGUUAAGGGACAUUUCCACAAUUCACAUUCAUUAGAGUAAAACAAUAUAACCCAGACGAGCAGUACUGAGCAGAAAGACUCUCCUCGACGUGAACACCAUCACCCCACUCAUAUUGCUCUUGUUGUAUUAAUGCCUUAGCUCACCGUGACUUGGUGCAGACAUCGUACCAGGCAAUUGACUAAGUAAACUCCACAUUCAGUCCUGGGAAACAUAUCGGACAAUUUCUCCCAUAUUGGCUACGAAGACAAUGUAGGGCACACUUUCAGGAGCAUGAUGGAAGGAGCUUUAAGUGUUCAUUUUUAUGAAGCAUGUAACCAAAAAUUUUAUUUCUUUAUGUUUGAUUCAGGUAUCCGACCCCCCAUUCUGAACGGGCCGAUGCACCCGCGGCCUCUGGUGGCACUGCUGGAUGGGCGCGACUGCACUGUGGAAAUGCCCAUCCUCAAAGAUGUGGCCACAGUGGCUUUUUGCGAUGCCCAGUCUACACAAGAGAUUCACGAGAAGGUAGAUCCGAAACACACACAACAAGACUGUAAUGCCACCUGAGGGCAAAACACUUGAAACACUUGAAUCUGACAGCCUGAUAAUUCAGGACCAGUGUUUUAUUGAUGCUUCUGUCCCCUCGUAGGUGCUCAAUGAGGCAGUAGCCGCUCUGCUCUACCACACGAUCACUCUGUCCAGAGAUGACCUGGAAAAAUUCAAAGGCUUACGUGUUAUUGUCAGGAUUGGCUCCGGCUUUGACAACGUUGACAUCAAAGCAGCUGCUGAGCUCGGUAUGUGUUUGGAAUAGUAAAUCUUAAAAAAAGGGAGAAACUAAAGAUACACUGAAGCUAUUUUUCUCUUUCUGAUGCCAAUAAAGUUUCAUGAGGUUGCCGAGCGUGUGAUGCCAAUUUCUAAUGAGACAUCAGACAAUCAGAAAUGUAGCUGCGUAUUACGUGUUUUGUGUUUUCUGGUUUAAGUUAAGCUCUGUACGAACAUGAAUAAUUAUCUUCUGAGAAUGAAUAGCAAAAACGUUUCGAACCAAUUUGACACUCAGCCAGUGCUAGAAGAAUGAAUUAAUCUGGAGAAAUUGAGAAGAUAUUUUUCACACAUCUCUCACUCAUGUGUGUGAGAGAUGAUAAGAGACGCUGACUUCCAAAAUGAAGAGGCUCUACUUAAUUUUCCUUCCAUUUUCCUUUUAGUUUGCAGAUCAGGAUAACUCCGCUAAUAUUAAAAAUCUCAGAAUAGGAGGUUUUCACUUGACGUCACUUCCGUGUAACGCAGCACGCGCGAAACACAAAUGGAGGGCAGGAAGUGAGUUGCUGCUAUAGUUACCAGCAACAUGCCGAUGUUUGGCUCCGUUUACGGCUGCUCGAAUCAAUCAAACAGGGAAAAAACCAAGAGCUUUUAUCAUGUGCCCAAAGUAGUGUUACACAAAGGGAAAAGAUAAAAGAAACUGAAAAACGCCGGAAAAACGUUUUUUAAAUCUCCGCCUACGGCAGUGGUUCUCAAGUCCAAUCCUCGAGCCCCCCCGUCCUGCAUGUUUUGGAUGUUUCCCUGCUCCAACACACCUGAUUCAAAUGAUCAGCUCGUUAUUAAGCCAUUACAGAGCUUGAUAACGAGAUGAUCAUUUGAAUCAGGUGUGUUGGAGCAGAAUUUAAGCAUAUUUCUAAGCGGAGGAAAAGAAACUAACCAUGAUUCCCUCAGUAGCGAAGAGGGAAGAGCCCAGCGCUGAAUCCGGUGUGAGGCUGGUAGCGGCCCCCGUUGUGCCAGGGUUCGGUCUUCUCAGAGUCGGGUUGUUUGGGAAUGCAGCCUAAAGCGGGUGGUAAACUCCAUCUAAGGCUAAAUACCGGCACGCAUCUAAACCGGCACAUCUCCUCCAUUGCAGUUGGUCACUUCCUGCCCUCCAUUUGGUCCUCACGCAAAGUCAGGAUCACGUGACUGAAAACCUCCUAUUGACAAAUGUCAGAAAUGUUCACCCCAAAAACAAGCAGAGAUUCUACAAAAACCUUAGAGACCCCACAGCCUGGCUAGAAGCUUUGCGAUUGUUUUUUCCACUGUGGGUGCCACAGAUCACCAAUCUCAUGGUCCGGUUUCAAAGCCGUAUUCUACAAAGAUAAAGUUAUUUUAGAAGGAUUUCAAAUUUCUUUUACAUUUAAUUAUUUUGCAGUUCACACCUUAAAGAAGAGGCAGCUCAUUCGCCUCAACCUUCAAUCCUCUUCUGUGCGUCAUUGAUCUAACUGUGUGCUCUCAUGGUCAUGUAGAAUAUUCCUGUACUCAAGCAGCUGUGUCUCAGUGAAUUUGAUGUUCUCAUAUCCUCACUCUUAGUGCUUUAGAACUUUUGCUAUGUAUAAUUAUAGUUUCUGCUCUCACUGCAGUGUUUUAUUAGAAGGAACUGUUGAGCGCUACCUCCGAAAUAGAGUGGAGAAAAUAGACUGAUAUGCUAGUUUGAUAAGCUGUACUUGGGCAAGAGUGCUCCUUACCUGAGAGAUGUUGUUAACCUUUUCAAACCAAUGUUAUCUUUUGAAUUAAGCAAAAUGUCUGCAACUGAGUGUACUUGAAGUCUCACCGAUGUCAGCGUUGUUUAAUAUCAGUUGUACUUGUCAGGAGCUGGUUUAUUGACUGAAUAAUGUGCCGCAGUUUUCUUUAAAUGUCUACUGUUGACCCGGUGGAGGAGAAAACAACCAUUCUGUUCUAUGUUGCCAUGUAUCCCAGCAUGCUCUGCACAGCAAAGCAAUAUCUCUCUUCUUGGAGUGGCUUCCUUUGGUUGAAAUACUGUUAGAAAGUGAAGUACCUCUUUUUGCUUUUGUUACAAUGCAUUAUCAAAGACUUGUCUUCUUUAGGGCGUUUCUGAGACUAGGUUUUUGAUCCACUCUGAGAAAACAAGCUUCUUGAUAUGUGUUUCUCUCUACCCAGGAAUUGCCGUCUGUAAUGUGCCAGCAGCCUCAGUGGAGGAGACAGCCGACACUUCGCUAUGUCUGAUCCUCAACCUGUACAGGCGAGUCACCUGGAUGCACCAGGCACUCAGGGAAGGAACUCGGGCCUCCAGUGUGGAACAGAUCAGGGAGGUGGCUGGUGGUGCUGCUCGUAUUCGAGGCGAGACGCUGGGCAUUAUUGGAUUAGGUGAGUGAUUGAUUGAGAGAUGCUAUUUGUCUCAUUUACUUGUCAUUGAACACAAAUAGUUUUGUGUUCUAGUACUGUGGGAGAUGUGUUUAUCCCAAGCUUGACAGUCAGCUGUUGGACCUGUUUUGUAUUUAUGCUUCAACACAGGACAGAUAGUGUUUCACUUCCUCAGUGGUUGUAUAUAACCUUACAAUUUUUCUGUGACUUUUAGGGCGUGUAGGACAAGCUGUGGCUCUUCGGGCCAAGGCCUUUGGCUUUGGUGUGAUCUUUUAUGACCCCUACCUGCCUGAUGGCGUGGAGCGCUCGCUGGGCCUGCAGCGAAUGGCCACCUUACAGGACCUCCUCAUCCACUCUGACUGUGUAUCCCUGCACUGCAGCCUCAACGAGCACAACCACCACCUCAUUAAUGACUUCACCAUCAAACAAGUAUGUCAACACCAACCGAAAAUGCAAAACAGAAAUUUUGAAGGUUUUUAUACUCCGCGUCAAUAAUCAUGAUGAAAAUGACUUACCUGAGAGAUAUGAACUGCCAGUUUGGAAAAGUUUGCUGGUCCUAAUGAGACCCCCUUCUUUUGUUAUGUUUAUUGGAAUAAUAGAUGAAAGCAUUUUCCACAGCAUCUGUCAGGUGAAGUCAAUUAUUUGUAUGUAUAAGAAGUUCAAAAUCAUGAUUCAAACACUUGGCUUACCCUGAAAUGAGCACAGUUGUUUAGACGGUUAAGAAAACCCGGCCAGAUCCAACUUGUGCCAAGACAUGAUGGAUUGGUAUCAAAUAAAAUCAAACUGUUCCAAAUGAUCUCAGUUCCUACGCUUGUAUUUUGAUGUAGAGCGGAAGUUUUUGCAACACUAGCAUAGUCUGCUCACUGUCAUGCACUCACACUCUCGCUAACUGUGCUUUAAAGAUGCGUCAAGGAGCCUUCCUGGUGAACACAUCAAGAGGCGGUCUGGUUGAUGAGAAAGCACUGGCUCAGGCCCUGAAAGAAGGACGGAUACGAGGGGCCGCCCUGGAUGUUCAUGAGACAGAACCUUUCAGGUAACUACUGUACAAAAGUAACAGAGAUGCAUGGUACAGCCCUAAGCGGUCUGAGUAACACGUCUUCCCCCUCUCAACAGUUUUUCAAACGGCCCUUUGAAGGAUGCUCCCAACCUGAUCUGUACUCCUCACACAUCCUGGUACAGUGAGCAGGCCUCUGUGGAGGCUCGCGAGGAGGCAGCCAGAGAGGUUCGCCGCGCCAUCACCGGUAAGACACUCUCGACUAAAACAGAAUAAAAGCAGAUGUUUUACCUAAGUGGAUUGGAGAGUUGAUCUCCCUUAUUGAUCUGUUCAAUCAGAUUUUCAACCUGAGGAGGUGACUCUCAGGAAUGAUGAUACCUGUAAAAAAAAAAAAAAAAACAUGUUUUGAAAUCGGGGGUUGUAAGCUAUCAGAAGCAGAAUCUCAGAACAUACAGGAUGACAUUUGAGAGCAUGCUGUUUUUUUCGAGUAUCUAUUCUGUGCUGAUGUGUGAGGCAAAAGCAACCUCUUGAUUAUAAAUCAAUCGCAGUGAGCCAUGUUAGCCGUUCAGACUUUCAUGUUUUAUGCUGCUUUAUCCAUGUACAGUGGGAUACAACAUUAACCUCCAUUUGGUUCAGAUUAGCGUUUAGUUUCUGUUUGUCCUCUUAACAAAAGCUUUAACCUGCUUAGAUGUGACCGAUUAAAAUACUUGAUCAAUAGAACUGAAUGUGGAAAAUCAGCAUGUAAUUUAAAAUAAGAACUUGGUCACUUCUCUCCAUACAUGCCACAGGUGAUUAUUAUCUGAAAUCUGUGAAGGCAGCAAAAGACAGUCUUGCAUGGUCAGCCAGCUUUAAGUCCACGGGGUCUUGCAAUAGGAGAGGCCAGGGUUGUGGGGUGUGGGUGUUUAUAUACACUGCCGUUUAUAUACACCAAUCGGCGGUGUAUCUCAUUCUAUGACUCCCGGGGAAACACCUGAGAGCUCAUGAGAUCUCGUCAGGUCUCGUGAGAAAUAUCGGUAGUCUCGCAAGCGCUUCUCCUCCAAUAUCAGCAGCAGAUCAGAUCCGGUGGGCGCUGUAUGCUUGCCGGUCCAGAGCGGAGCAUAGCUGUUGCGGAUCCUGUGGGUUUAGCCAGUCAAUGGUCGGCUGUUUUGGCUGCACAGGCGCCAUGGGCUCCUUGAUUUGCUCGGGGUUUGUAACCUUUCGCAUUGCGCGUGCUCUGCGGCGUGGCACUGCUUCAGGUGGUGAAAAAGAUUUGAGUUAUUCCCUGACUUUGUGAGAACAUGUACUCAACAUAAUUUGCAGUGCACAUUACUCUGCUUCAUGUCCGACAUGUAAAACCAAAAUACCUCCACACCACUGACGUUUUCGUGCCAGGGUUGUCGACGAUGUCGUCAUCUGUUGAGCCUUCAUCUGCAUUUCUGCCGGAGGUAGCACUCAUUUUCUUUUUAUCUCACCUACAGUGCUGUCGGCUUCACGUGUUAAAGUGCUGUUAUAGUUGCAUGUAGCUGCAGCCUGCUACUGCGCAGUUGUUUGCUACUUGGUUCUAAUUCAGCAUAUGAUUGGUUCUGCGCGAAGCAGACCCAGAGAAACUCCCCUUUUCAUUGGCUAUUCGUUUUGUCUACCAAAACAUGUCAGAAUGCAGACUAUUGAAAAGCAUAUUGACCAUGUUUUAUAUUAAUAUUGAGGGAAAUUAAUUUUUGAUAUUUAUCAUUUAUCACCCAGCCCUAUUUGGGCAGUCAAUUAUUUCACCUUUGUUCAUCAUUUACUGUUUGUAUUUUUUCAAUGAACCAACGUCUGCGGUAAAGUAUCCUGUGUGUGCACAGUUAAGUGAUCCCUUCUAUGCUUACAUGCUGCAUAUGUGUAGGGCUGCAACGAUUAGUCGACGUAAUCGAUUACGUCGACACGACAAAUUCAUCGACACGAAAAUUAAAAAUUAAGCAUUGACGCGUCGUGUUAUUGUUGUUAAGAAUCACAUGCCGGCGCCUCAUGCUUAUCUAUAACUGCAGUGCACUACAGGAUGUGCUGGGGACAGUUGCGCUCGCUGUUAACAUCCCGCGAGCAAACACAGAAGAAGAGUGCACACAUUAUGGCAGAACAAACUGAAAAAGACCCUCCAAAACUCCGACCCAAAACUUCAAAAGUUUGGGAACAUUUUACGGAGAACAAACCAAAAAAAACACGUUGAUCAAAGCUCAGCUUUCCUACCAUGGCAGCACCACGGCGAUGCAUGAGCACCUGAAACGCCGACACCCCGGAAAUAGGUGUUUAUAAAUAAAGAAGAUAGUGAUUAAUCGGACGACUAGUCGAUAGAUUAGUCGACAAAAAAAUAAUCAUUAGUUGCAGCACUACAUAUGUGUACAUGCGCAGAAGCAGUAUAGCACAGAUCGUGUUCUGGGUCCUGAUUGGGUACAGAUCAGGCACUGACAACAUAACCCUGCCAAUCUGUCUACAGCCUAAAAAAUGCACCGUAGUUUAACUUAUUCUUUCAAGCCUUAUUCCUUCUCAGUUUACCUCAUUUCUGUUAAAUUGUGAUUGAAAGAAGCAUAGGACUUCUUCUGAAGGACAAUCAGGUGCUUGGCUCAGAGAAAUUCAGUCACCUCACAGAGCUGCUGGCGCCUCUUAAAAGCAAAGUAGACAGAGGGGUCAACAAACUUAGUAUCGUCAGUUCUUAAAUCUGUUAAAAAUCUGUGAUUCAAAUAAGGAAAAUCUAAAGAAGUAUAGUAAAGGCAGUGAAAAGUGUGUUGCUGAAUUGGGACUUGUGUAGAAGUCUUAAAAGUUGUGGAAUUUAACUCAAGGAUUCCUGCACAUACCUUUGAGUCAGCAUUGUAAUCAGUAAUCCCCUUUUUUAUUUUCAGGGCGCAUCCCUGACAGUCUGAAAAACUGUGUGAAUAAGGAGUAUCUGAUGGCUGCCUCUCAGUGGCCCAGCAUGGAGGCUGCAACUGUUCACCCAGAGCUUAAUGGAGCCACUUACAGGUGAGCAGGGGGGUAAUAAGGAUGUAGAGGGACUUGGAUCACAUGCGCUGAAUUACUGGUCUGAACAUUAAUUGUUGCCACUGGAGCACCAAUCAUUUUCCCUCUUUUAUCGGUUUUGUUUCAGAUUUCCUCCAGGUCUGAUCAAUGUUGCAGCAGCAGGGGGUCUCUCUGGCGCUGCCGCAGGGGUUGAGAGCCUGGUAUCGGGCAACCUGGCGCAUGGCAUCGCCCCUGUCUCCCACCCUCCUCACGCCCCCUCUCCGGUGCAAUCUGCUAAGGCCGAAGCUGACAGAGACAUCCCCUCCGACCAAUAGCCCCCUCCGCCACCGCCAGCACAUUCCAUCACCAUUGGAAACCAACCCCCUCCCCCCUCCAAAACCCAACCUCUCAGCGUCAGACACAACCCAACCCUUUCAGUGCAUCGGCAGCACCAGUUUGGCCCGAUGUGGAUCCACACAGACCUGUUUCUCAGAUCACAGAACCAGCCCAGGAGUGACUUGUCCACAGCCAGCCCCCUCCCAUCCACACCUCAGAGAACACACACAUCCCUCCAUCUUUGUCCUCAUCUCACCCUCAACCCUCCCACCCCUCCCUCGGUCCUUCACAACCCUACGACGUCAGCAAUAACUGUUCUCAAGGAUUCAAUGAUUUGAUUGGUUUAAAUCCUGAGUUGGCUGUUUUAAAGGAAAGUUGAUCUGUUGUGGCUCUAGGUGUUAAUGUUUGUGGGAAAAAAGAUAGCAUUUCUGACACGAGGCUUCAUGGUCUGCUGCCCCCUGCAGGCUGAAAGGUUGAAGCCCCCUUUUGUACAUUUAAUGGCUCAUGUUACUGCUCUUCUUCUUCUUCUUCUUCUUUAUUUUUUUCUCUUCCGUCUUUCUUGUGAAGGGGUUAAAUGUGUACCAGACAGAAUCACAAACAGUACAUCCUGUCCUCCUAACAGGGUGUCUAGUGACCCUGCUCAGUUUAGUCCUUAGGCUCUCCCUGUUACAGCUCAGCAAGAAUCUGUCAGAGUGGAGCUCUCUCAGGCCGUCAAACUAUUUCUGUCCAGCUAAUACUUCAGAAAGUAAUACCCAAGAUCUUUUGUAACUUUUUAUUGCUACGACAGUCCAGUUUUCACUCAGCUCUGUUUUCACACAAAUUCUGCCCUCUUUUUUUUUUUUUUUUUUGUUUGGUCCUGAGAUAAAACCUCUGAGUGUCUUAUCAGAGGACUCCUAGGCAUGAAAUGAACUCACACCAGAAACUAGAGUGCUACAUGUGUAUGGUCUUUUACACAUGGUGUCCAAAAGCAGCAGCAGCAGCAAGCAAGAUGCGUCUCCAGCAGAGGCCGCUGUCUUACUGCUCAGAGCUGCAUGCAGCUCAUUUGAGAGGCAGUUGCAGGGUGGCUCGAUCACACACUGCCACCAUACAGAACACAUUAUGGAUGACCAGGGAUCGGCUACCGCCUUAUUGUUUAAGAUCUUACUGCAUCCCACUGCAUCCCACUUCUCUGCACCCACCCACCCACCCCCCCACUCCCUUCCCACUGUCAUGGAUCACCCCACACAUCAGCCCAUGAACCAGUUUGCAUCCACCGCUUUCUUAAAAUGUGAGGGGACAGCAGAUUUCAGAUUCCCUGUAGGAGCGAGGAGACAGUGUUGUUGCAUGCUGGCUUUGUUUAUGACAGUGGUGUGUGUACGGGUCUGUGUGUGUGUGUGUGUGCGUGCGUGCGUGUGUGUAAGUUUGUAUGUCCCCUCACCCUGUUCUAAUAACAAGCUGUUGUCUUUCCAAAGGAAUAGUCCCUAGGAGUAACUCUUAAAAGCUGUUGCCCUGGUGUCAAGGGAACACCUUUCUAGUACCUCAGUAACAGAUAUUGAAUGUACCAUGCAUACCCUUUUAUUUUUUGUACAGAUUUUCUAGAUACUUCUUUACUAUUCUUUACCAGAAGGGUUGUGAAAUUGUAGCAGUAAUGAUACAAUAAAAAACAUUGCCCCAUAAAAUAAAUUAAUAAAAUCUUUUUAGGUCACUGAAUACUCAGGCUUCAAAACCAGUGUGUUUCUCUUUUGCCUUUACUGUGGAAAAUUCAGCACAAUGCUUUCCCAUUCUUAGACUUCAGACUCCAGUUAACAUGCUAUAAACUCCAUCAUACUGACUAAUGAAAAACAAGGAAAAAAAACAAAAGGCGGUCGCCGUGAUCUGCUAGUUUUCUUUGACUAGGUUAGUAGUAGUAGUAGAUGCUGUUUUGUUUUGUUUGAACCCCUUUUCCAUUGUCUGGCUGCUUUAUCUAUAGUGCAUGUGAGGUAAAAAGAAAAAAAAGACUUUUUAGGGGAAAUACUAUUGGCUAAAAGAAUUUGUGUCAUCUUGCUGUUUCCCUCUGCCCCCACGACCUAUUCCCUCCUCUCAGAGUGUUUUCAACCCGAGUUGCCAUUUUCGUCGUGGUCAGUUUCCAGUGAUGUACAGUUUUCCCCUCAGAGUCUAUGAGAGACAUGGAGCAUGUCUGUGUCCUGAGAUGCUAGGCUCCUCUGUCCUGUGAUGAGUAUAUAUUUUUAAAAAUAACCCCCAUAGUUCGGAUUAUGAGCAUAAUAGUAAUCUUAAAUUUUUGCUGUUGAUGAUGAUGAUUACAUUUUUUUUCUUCAGUUCAGCAGUGCACUGUUAUGAAAACCAUUCUGUUUUCUUGUAGGAUUUCAUUUUUAUGGAUAUGCUGUCUGUGUUCUACAUGUUGUACUGAAACAUUUCAGAGAAAACAAGAGAUCCCUCUCCUGGUGAUUUCCUUUUUUUUUCUUUCUUUUUUUUUUUUUUUGUCUUAUCCCAACUUUCUUUUCUAGCUGAGAUCCUCUGGGCCUUACUUAUUCCUCCCCCCUGUAAAAGUAGCUGUUAUAGAAAGUCGCCAUGGAACCACUCACUGCCUUAAUACAGUUGACCACAGCAGGUGAAGUCAGGAGACACACCCAGUCGAAAAGAACGCACCACAAUAAAGGCUGCUCCGCAAAAAGCUCCUCACACCCUGCCAGGCCUAAAUCUGCAGCACUUUGGUAUUUACUUUUCCACAACGAACCACAUUUAGCCUUGUAUAGACAGUUACUCCAUGGCCUAAACAAUAAAUCUGCUGUGACGUCUUUGCAUAAAUUACAUAUUUUUGUUACCUAGUUUUAAAGUCUGCUCGGCAGUGUGUUUGUGCUUGGGCUAACAGAUAAGCACAGUGUGUUUGCUCACAAAGCUCCAGCUCAUAUUCACCCUUGGGUGUGAGAAUGCCCUCAACCCAUCUAACAGCCACCCACACCCUGGGGCUCUAUUAGCAGCUUUCACUGAGCAGCCAGAGUCCCUGAGGAGAUGAAGGGUGGGGGGCUUAGCGGACACUGGUGUGGUCUGUCAAAUAAAAGCAGAAAAUUCAGAAUUGGUCACUUUUCUCUUUCUCUCUCUCUCUCUCAGGGUUCAAAUGCACACAUAUCCUCCAGCAGUCGCCCUCUGUCUCAUGUCCCUCGUCCUAAGUUUUUUCCGCCCUCCGAAUGCAGAACAGCCUCCUGCGUUUUUUGUUUUAUUUUAUUUUUGUUUUGGUUUUUUUGUCUUUUUUUUUUUUUUAGAAACAGUGCUCCCCUCUUUUCCCCCUCUUAUUGUGCACAGGUCUGAACUUUUUUUUCUGUUUUGCUUUCUUUUGGCACUGACAUCUAACCACCUAACAAGGAAUGAAUGAAUGUUUGAAAGUGACUGCGUGUGAUGUUAAAAUUGGGAAAUGUAUUUUUACAACAUGUGAACGUGUUUUUUUUCCACUCACUCUCAUUGUGAAUUGAUUUUUUUUUCUUUCACCAGACUGCAAAAACAAACAAAAAAAAAACAAACAAAAAAAAAACUCCUGUAACUAGGCUCUUAAGCUUUAUUUUGUUUUGUUUACUUUUUUAUUAGAAACAAUCAUGUUUGUGAUGGUAACUUCUGAUGGUAAACUCCACACCGUAUUUUAAUAAAAUCUUAAAAAUAAA